UAUUGAAAACUUUUACUGUUAUAUACGAUGGUUUUUCGAUGUUGUGUCGGAAACUGCGCAAACAAAGCCUCGAAAGGUUCAAGAAUAACGCUGUUUCAAAUCCCUUAUGAGAAUGACGAGAGAACCACGGCAAAACAACGAAGACAGGCCUGGGUUGAUUUUGUGGCUGCUUCGAAAGGAAUGUCUGUUUGGGUACCUACAAAGUCGAGUAGAAUAUGCUGCCAACACUUUCAAAUCUCGGACUUUGUGCGUCGUUAUGAAGUGCUUGGGACGGGUACAUUCAUAAAGAAAUUAAAGGUAGACGAAUUAGGAAUUUUGGCGAUCCCAACGAUCUUUGCAGAUCCGUCUUCAUUCAAAACGACUUCUUCGAUGUCACCUCAAAGCCGAAGGAAGAGUGUCCAAGAAAUCAUUGAGCAACAGUCACCGCUUGAGACGGCAGAAACAUGUGACGCUGAGAUAAGCUUGGAUAUGUAUGAAUCAGCCGCACGCUCUUCUUCAGUUGUUGAGUCGCCAUGCACAACAACAGUACUUACUCGCGAUUCCUUUGUGCAGACUGAAGCCUGUAUAGAAAAAUGUGCAAGUUGCACAGAGUUAAUUGCCAAAAACAGGGAAUUAAACAACAGAGUAAUUGACUUGGAGGCCAACUCAAAACAGCUACAACAUGCUGUGCAAACUUUAGAAAGAGAACUCAAAUGGCAAAGUGAAAGUCAGAAGCCAACUGAUCAGCACCAUGGCCCAGUUGAUGAUGAYGAUGAUGAAGACGACGACAACAGUAGCAUGGAAGACAUGAAUGACAGCCGUGAUUUUCUUGAUGUUAGCAUCGAAGUUGAACCAGGUGCAGAAAGUGGAAGCGAAUACUUCCCAACACCCAAAAAGCCAAAACAAGCAGGUAGUGAAGAAGUAGAGAGUGAAAGCGAAGAAGAAGAGAAUGAAAAGCAAUCUAACUGGAGCAGCACGAGUGGGAACCUCCGAACAGAACCCAAGUAUAUAGUGUUUAUCAGCCAACUACUUUUACUCUUCAAUUUCUGCCCCACUUGCAAGUCUGAUAAUCCCCUCAUUGAAACAGAAGCUACAGGUACUAUGGUYACUGUGACAACAUCUUGCUCCAAUCCUAAAUGCCCUAAGAGAGAACAUCGUUGGAGUAGCCAGCCAAUGCUACCAGGGACAAAGAUGCCUGCUGGAAACUUUCUUCUGUYGUUUGCCAUUCUUGUCGCUGGUGGGUCAGCCAGUAAAGUGCUACAAAUAUUCUCAAACAUGGGCCUUUGCUGCUUUACACUCAAGACCUUCUUCGUUCAUCAACAGGUGAAUUAUGCAUAA